CCCCUGGCUCCUGCUUGUGUGUCAACUCUUUUAUUUUGGUUACGGGGCACAUGGCACCGCGAGCUCGACCCAGUGCUACGGCUGCGCGCGCACUCAAAGGUGGCAUUCGCGCGUGCCAUCCUGGCGUUUGACACCGCAGAAGAAGAAGCACAGAGAGGAGACUGACUGAGACGUCAUUUAAAAUACUUUUUUUUUCUGUUUUUGUUCGCGUUUUGGAGACAAGUUGUUGACAGGCUGAACCGGCUGUUGUUUUUAACGAUAAAAAACACGAACAUUAAACAGGUGGAGAACCUUCAACCACACAAAUCAACCUGGUUUUUGACUUGAGCGCACAUUAAUCUGAUCACUCAAUGGCACUGAGCGUGAACCUGAUUGGUCCCUCACCGUGGGGCUUCAGAAUAUAUGGAGGAAGAGACUUUAAGAAGACCAUAGUUGUCACCAAGGUCAAUGCAGGCAGCAAGGCCGAGCAAGCAAACCUGCAAGCUGGUGACUUGAUCUUGGAGAUCAAUGGGGAAAACACAGAGGAGAUGCUGAAUGCAGAGGCCCAGAGCAAAAUUAAGAACUCAAAGACCAAUCUGCAGCUGCUGGUGGAGAGACCUGAACCUUCCAGCUCUGGACGGACCAACGGUGUCAGCACCCCUGAACUGCUUGCUGAACGCUUCCAGGAGGCAGUCAUAGUGAGUCGAGACGAGAACCAGAACUAUAGAGAGUACACAAUUUCAAACACUAAAUCUCUGUCUCCUGGACCGUACUCUCCUUAUUCCCCUGGUGGUACGGACAGAAAGGGCAGGCUGACACCGAUUAUCAACAAGAGUUUCCAGCAGCGCUCAUGGUCACCAGAGAGCAACCAGCUGUCCAGACCACUGUCUCAGGAGUUCUUCCCCUCAGACUUUAGACAUAACUCUGGAUACAGUCGGACCCCGACCCCACCAGGACGCUACUCGCCCCAUAGCCCCAUUGAUCAGGAUGUGCCCUUGUCCCCAAAGCGCAGCAUGGCCAGCUCUGACUUCGCCACGCAGAAGUACGACAGGGACUCAGAGGUGUACAAGUUGAUCCAGGAGAACAAGGAGUCCCGCGCAGCUCCUCGACAGUCCAACACCUUCAAAGUACUACAGGAGGCGCUGGAGGCUGAUGAGAAAGAGGCGGCCUUGCUGUUUCCUGGGAACCUUUCACCCAACCCGCCUAAAACAAGCACAUCUGUUAGAGGAGUCAGCCAGCAGCACAUCUGUGAGAGGUGUGGCACCAGCAUCGUCACACAGGCGGUGCGCAUCGCUGACAACCACUACCGCCACCCAGAGUGCUACACCUGCACCGACUGUGGGCUCAACCUCAAGAUGAGAGGCCACUUCUGGGUUAAGGAUGUAAUGUAUUGUGAGAAGCACGCCAAAGAGAGGUACCAGGGCACAGAAGGGUCCAUUCCAGUGACCGUGUCCCCCCGCCACUGAGUUGACAACUCUGCUCCUGUCAUCAUUCUGGAUGAAGAGCGCUGCCAGGAACACCACCUCAUCUGACUCAUCUGUAGACUUUGGGAUGUUUUGGGGGGCAUCUUGAAAUAUUUCUAACAUUUAAUCAUAUCUUGCAAAACAAUGAUACACUUUGAUGCCUUAUUGUAUUUUCAUGAGAACUGGGCCUUUUUUUGUCAUGUGGUGCAGCCUCAGUGGCCUCUUUAAGAUAUUCUUUGCUCUAACAAUCUACAGCUGCCAUGAACUUUCUACUUAAACCAGAUUUGAAUAACAGCAACGCUUUAGCGAAGUUCACUACGAUCGACUCGCAGGAGGAAGAUGACCAUUGAAUUUUCUGUUGGUGUAAUGGGACAGAUAUUUAAGUAACUGCAUGCUGUUUUAAAGAGGUACAGUACACAGACAGUGCUGUAGGGGGGUGUGUGUGCAUGCUUUCACAUGCAGAGGUGUAUAGUGGCUUCUGCAUGCCUAUUCAUCUGUGUACAUUUGUGCACAUGAACAAGUGAAACCAGGAAGCUGGAGGGCCAACAGAGUUUGUGAAUUUUAUGCUAGAUUCAGACCAAAAUACUUGGAAUUUCCUUCUGUAUUUUUUUGUACACUGUAAUUAUUAACAUUAGGGGUAAGGACAAAAUAUUUGCAGACUUGUUUUGCAGUUUUGUUGACUUUG